UUCAGUUUCCACCCUCAACAAAUCCCCUAUUUCAGCAAUUCUGAUUCUCCAUAUACAGAUGAAGAUAUUUAGUUGGAUGCAAAACAAGCUUAGUGGAAAAGAAAGGAGAAGCAAACCAAAUUCAGCAUCAGCAAAUGUUAAAGGCUAUAUCAUGCACCAGACCUGUAAAGAAGAAUUCAGUGAUUGGCCAAAUGGAUUGUUUUCUAUUGGAACAUUUGGAAACAACACUCUAAAAGAUACAGAGAACUCCAAUCUUCAACGGUGCUUGUCCUCCAAUCAACAUCAACCAAAGGGUAAUCUUCAAUUGGAGAAACACAUUGACUGUUUGCCUAGCUUGGAACACGACAAAAGUUCGGAUGACUUGAUAAAUGGCGAUUCAGAAAAUGAAGAAGGUAAUCUCCAGGGACCAACCAGUGUAAUCCACAGCAGAGAAUCAGAUACUCGGUUGCACAGCCCAGCAUAUGUUAUUAGUAAAAAAUCAUUGUCUUUUCUUCUUAAGAAAGCACUCCUCUGUGGCGGCGGAUUCAGUUCAACUCCCAUCUUAAGAGAUCCAUUUCCAGAGACAAAAUUGGAUAAGCAAAGAAUAGAGAAGGUUUUGGGGGCUAUCCUGCAGAAAAAGAUUUACCCACAAAAUUCUACUCAAAUGGCUAUAGUGAAGAAAUACUUGGAUAUGCCUGAGAGCGAUGGUGAAAGUGAAGGAAGUAAAUGGGUGAAAACGGACUCAGAAUGCAAGUCUUGCGCAUGAAGAAUUUGAAUUUAUCUCGGGUUGUGCUACCCCUGUAUACCCAAAUUAUAAACACCAAGCACAACCCAUUUAUCUUUAUUUCAUCAAUUUGGUCAUUUCGGGUUUAAUAAUCUUAAAACAAAUUACUUACAUCUGUUGUUCUGAUUGCAGAUAUUGUUCUAGAGAUAUAAUACGCGUCUUCUCCAUUACCUUUCAAUUUUCAAGGUGUUCUUGUUCAAUUGAUCUGCUCCAGACGGACAAAACUAGGUUCUGAAGGGGAUUUUGCACCUCAAAUUUUGGAUUUUAAAUAAUGCUCCUCGGGGGGAUGCAAAUAUUUUUGCCAUGACUUCCUAUGUUGAUAUCUCAUUUUGCCAUGUUUGGCUAAGCAUUAUGUAUUUCUCUGAACUUCAUAUUGAGGUUCAAUGGGAGGAGAAAGAGCAGAUUUUACUCCUUUUUUUCCUGAUAUCUGGACAAAAUCAGGAUGGAAGAAUGUUACUUGCGCUAAAAUCAUGUCUACCUGUACAAUCUACCAUAUGAUGUAAUCUGAAUCACUAAAUAUAAUUAUCAUGGAAGCUGACGUGAUUAAACAAUAAGCAAAGAACAUAAAAAACUAACAUCCCCGCACGUAUACCAAGGAUAAAAUAUCUAUCACAGUGGUGGAAUUUUAGCUCUUUAUUAGUCUAAUCUUAACAGGAAUUUUUAUUGAUAUACACACAAACUACCAAUAGAACUGGUUCACAUUCCAAGCCCAUGCCAACAGGAAACACAUUUUUCUCAACAACUUCUAGACAACGAAACAAAAA